AAAAGAACCAUUACUUUCAGGUUUCAUUUCAAAAUAUUCUCUCUCUCCUCUUAAAGCAAAACCCUUAAUUAUUACCAACGACCACACACCACAGCCACUUUCAUCAAUUUCCUUAAUCCCCACCUCCACAUAACAACAACAACGAACUAACGCCACCACAUUCAUUCUUUCCUUCUUUGUGCCUACAAUACUACUACUACUACUACUAAUUCUACAUGGAUGGCAACUCUUUUGGAAACGUGCCACCCCCACCAAUACAAGUUCCUGAUAACUUGGCUAUCUCCUCCUCCUCUUCGCCAACUCCCACGACAUCAUCUCCGUCUCCGACACCCUCUGGAGGCUUUCGGUACCGCGGGACGCGGUGCCGGAGCGGAAAGUGGGUGUCGGAGAUAAGGGAGCCACGUAAAACGAAUCGCAUUUGGCUGGGGACUUACCCGACAGCGGAAAUGGCUGCGGCGGCAUAUGAUGUCGCCGCACUCGCGUUGAAGGGUCCCGACACGCCCGUCAACUUCCCUAAUUCGAUACUGUCGUACCCUAUUCCUGCUUCAUUGUCCUCCACGGACAUUCGCGCCGCGGCUGCGGCCGCGGCGCAGGCUAGGAUCGUGAGGGCGCCGCAGGAGAGUGAGGAAACGGUAAACCCUGAUGAUGGCGGGCAAGGGUUAUCGGAGAGGCGUGAGGAGUACAUUGAUGAGGAUGAGUUGUUGAACAUGCCGAAUUUGCUCGAUGAAAUGGCCAGAGGAAUGCAGGUUAGUCCCCUUAGGAUCACUUCCUAUUCUUCAGAUGAUUCGCCUGGGAAUUCUGAUGGAGAUAACCUUUGGAGUUAUACCCUUUGAUCACUGAUUUGUUGUUUGUUCAGUGAGUGAGUAUGGUAAUUUGUUUUGUGUUUGUUUGAAAGUUCGAGUCUUGAUUAUGUAUGUUCAACCUUGUUAAAUAUUUGAAAGGAGGGCUUUAUAACGGGAUUGUGGGAAUACUUGUGGUCUCGUACAAAAGAAAAAUGCUUUGAGUGUGUUUGUGUUUGGUUUGCCCUCUUUCUGGUUGAAGCUGAUUUCGGUUUUGGUGACUGCUGGGAAGGUUGCGUUGCGGUGUUUAUGGAAUGAAAUAAGGUCAACUUUCAUCAUCGCUGGUUUAUGUGAUCCAUUGUGUCUUAGAUCCGUAGUUCCGUAGUUUCCGUACGGUCUAAUCAGUUUGGGGAACCUAGCUAGCUAGAAGGAUUCUCCUUUUGAUCAUGGGUCUUUCUUUCUUUCUCCCUAGUCCCUGGUAAUACAUUACAUAGACGAUUUAAUUUUAUGCGUGGGUUUGGUUGCCCUUUUGGGUAAUUUUGCGACAUAUUUGUAUUGAAUGAAAUAAAUACUAUUUCUGGCAGUUUGUUUGUUUGUUGCUGAGAUGUAUGGUGCUAGCAGCUUGUAGAAGUUUUCAGGAUCUUUCGUAUGUAUGUAACUAAGCCCUUCUGGAGAAUGAUAUAUAGUAUAUGACAAAUGACUUUUGUAUC